GGCGAACACACCGUGUGACGUCACGCCUGCGCAUUCGGUACAAUGGCGGCGUCCGAGGGAGCUGAAGCUGCUACCUCCUUUAUGGAUCCCUUUAAAGACUUUCUGGUGAAUUAUUUAAUGCCAGAAAAAUGUUACGACGAAUUUUUCCUGAACUUUAACUUCCUGCACGUGGACUGUCUGAAGAUAAUUAUAAGCAAAGGUCUGGGCAUUGGAAUCAUCCUUGGCUCUGUACUGGUAAAGCUGCCUCAGAUCUUGAAGCUCAUUGGUGCAAAGAGUGCUGAAGGCCUGAGUUUCAAUUCUGUGCUGCUGGAGCUGUUUGCAAUCACAGGCACUAUGGCCUACAGCAUCGCCAACAGCUUCCCCUUCAGUGCCUGGGGUGAGGCCUUAUUCCUGAUGUUGCAGACAGUGGCUAUUGGGUUCCUGAUUCAGCAUUAUGCAGGAUGCACCAUCAAAGGAUUGAGCUUUCUCGUAAUCUACUUUGGCCUCUUGGCUGUCCUCAUAUCUCCUCUCACUCCUAUGUCUGUUGUUACCGCCAUGCAAGCCUCCAACAUGCCAGCUAUCAUCUUUGGACGGCUCAUUCAAGCUGGCACAAACUACAGCAACGGUCACACAGGACAGCUGUCAGCCAUUUCUGUGUUUCUUCUGUUCGCCGGCUCCCUGGCACGCAUAUUCACCACAGUGCAGGAGACAGGUGACUCUCUGAUGGCUCUCACGUACAUCAUCUCUUCCUGCUGUAAUGGACUGAUAGCUGCUCAGGUCUUGUAUUACUGGAAUAUCAGUCCAGCUCUGAAAAAGAAAAAGGAGUAAAUCAGCUCCAGAAGAGGCUUUCAGUGACGCACUGGGAGGCUAAUACCUCUACAUCCAUUCCAGUUAACGUGCUGCUCUGAACAACCGUAGAAUCUGCUUCUUAUCUUAGACUGUAAUCGGUUAUCAAUGACAUUAGAUCUAGUUGAUUAGGGCAGCAGGUUUCGCUGUAUUGGUAAAUGCACACUUCGAGCAAGCAAAUGGGUAGAGAUGAAUGUAUGCAAUAUUGUAUACAGAUGGACCCCCAUCGUUAUGCUCAUUCUCUAAAGUGCACUGAUGAGGCCUGAAGUGUAGGACCAAAAUGCAAUUCUCAAAGAUGGACCCCUUAAAUUGAACAACUGAAGAACUAAUAUUUUUUUUUCCAUUUACUAUGUAGUAUCAUAGCUUGCUAUAACUAAUCUAUUCUACUCUUUCAUAAUUCCUUAGCUCAGGGAAGGGAACACUGUCUAUCCAUGUUUUAGGAACUUCUUCACUCUCAGCAUUUACUUUAGACUUAAAAAUGUGACUCUAUGGGGUUUUCCCACGACUUUGUUUGUGUGAGAGUGUUCCAAGUGUUGAGUAUUGCCUCUCUUGAGUUUUAUUCCAAAUACAUGUAAACUGCACACUCAGAAUUUUGCUUUUUCCUGUUGUUUUUCAUAUUGUCGCUGUCAUAACUCUCUUUUUACUUUUUUAUUACACAGUUUGAAAAUGUCAGCUUUGUCUGAAUAUUUCAUGAUAAAUGGACCAGUACAAAUACAGUCUAUGGUAGAAAUGGUCAUAUUAAUUAACAUACCUACAAGUUAAGAAUUUAAUAAACUCAGCAUUUCUGAGAAACAAGGUUUAGUUAUGACAGUGAUGAUAUCCAGAUUUCAUACUGUCAGUUUUAUUGCAGUACGGAACAGACUGAAUUACUUUAAUUGUCCAAAUGGGAGCAUACAUUUUAGAAUGUAGUAAAAUCUAAACAGAUAACUGAGCGAUGCCCUUUGCACUUUGUCUUCCCAGCAUGCCUACAUUGCUGUCUUGAAGGGUGAACAAUUGGAAAACACAACAAAAUAAACAAACAAAACAAAAUAAA